GUUGCCGGCGGAACACGCGCAUGGUGUGUUUUGGCGUAAGCAUUGAUGUUGUAUCCGUGAUGGCUGUUAACAGUAACAACUUCAUCCGCGUGCGCUUGUACUUUGACUACCCGCCGCCGGCUGUUGUUGAUUGCCGCAUGUGCUGGCUGCUCGUGGAUUUGAACAAGUGUCGCGUGGUGGCAGAUCUGGAGAGUAUCAUCAGAGACAAGUUUGAGUUCAGCCGCAGGAACAUCCUCAACCUCUUCCUAGAGGACUGCUACCUGCCGCACACGGAGAGCAUCUAUGUGGUGCGAGAUAACGACAGCCUCAGGGUGAAGGUGGAUUGUCUGACUUGGGUGAAUGGGCACAGCAGCCAUCCAGAUAUAUCAAGUGAAAACUGCAGAAAGAGACAAAGACCCACAGAGGAGGACGGGACGGGAGAAAAUGGAGUGAAUGCGGAAUGGAGGAAAAAGAAGAGGAAAAAGAGGAGUGAGGAGAGCCUGGAGGGACACGCCAAGCAGACUUCAGGUGAUGAGAAGAAUAAGAAGUCACUCGGAAACAAAACAGAGAAGAAAAAAAGGAAGAAGGCAGAGGAAAAUGGCCCGACUGCCACCCCGAAACCAGCUGCUUCUACCAAAAAAAUUGCAGCAAGUGUGGAACCGCCAGUUAAAAGCACCAAGAAGCCUCCUGUGGCACAAGCAAAAACACAGAAUGCUUCCUCAUCAGAUUCCAGUAGCAGCAGUAGCGAGGAAGAUGAAGCUCCCAAAAAACCAGCUGCUAAAAAACCAGCUACCAAAGCACUAUCUUCCACCCCUGCUGCUUCCAAGGCGCCUCCAAACCCUAAACCUGCUCAGACAAAAUUACCCCCUCCCUCGUCAUCCUCCUCAGAAACAGACUCCUCCUCUGAUGAGGCAACCAGUGCAAAAAUCCCGCCAAAAACCAAACCUUUAACCUCCCUAACUCCCAAAUUAAGAGGAAGUGAUAACUCACAUUCUCAGCAGUCCACAAACAGCGCACAGAAACAGGGUUCCGGUGUGGCCGUGCCUCCUCGUAACAAAAUCGGGGAACAGCAGGAGUCUUGUAAUGCAAACGACGAAGAGGAGAUAGAGCUGAUCAUCCGACGGCCAGUGCAGCAGCCGGUCCGUGGUGUGGGUAAUCAGUCAUCUUGGAGAGGUCACGGCCGGGGAAGAGGCAGGCAUGAUGGUUUUGGUGGUGGUGUUGGUCCUGGAGGGAGAGGGAGGGGUAGGGGUGAAGGUAGAGGGGGCUUCAGAGGGCACAGCAGCAACUCUGAGUUCAGCUAUGAUGGAGCCAAGGAGCCGUCCGCCCACACUGAUUUACUGAGCAACAUGUCAGUGGUCCUCCAGAAUGGAGUAGAAAGUGCUCCAAAAAAGGACUACAGCUCCAUGCCCCAGCUAGCUGCUCCUCCACAGGUGGGGCAGAAGAUUGCCUUCAAGCUGCUGGAGCUAACUGAGAAUUAUACGCCAGAGGUAUCAGAAUACAAGGAGGGAAAGAUUGUGAGCUUUGACCCAACCACCAAACAGAUUGAGCUGGAGCUGUUAAAUGCCUCUCGAGCUCCUGUUGAGCCUGGCAAGUUUGACCUGGUCUAUCAGAACCCAGAUGGCUCUGAGAGGGUGGAGUAUGCUGUGUCCAGAGAAUCUUGCGUGACAGAACGAUGGGACGCCCUGCUGGAGCCAAGACUGAUCAUUUAAAUCUGAAAGAACAGUCACUUUGUACAUUCAGUGUGUUUGGCAAGAUUGAUUUGCCUUUUCUGUAAUUAACUUCAUUUCAGGGUCCUUUUUAAGGUUAACCUGAAAGUCACCUCUUCACUUGACAUUUGACAGCUAAAGGAUUUAUUUAUGGUUAAGUCAACACUUUGCACAAAAGAGCUGCUGCAUUGCAAAGUACAUAUGGAAAAAAAGAUUUAAAGUUAUAUAAUUAUUGCGUUUAAAUUGGCAUUAAAUGCAACAAUUGCUGUUUUUUUAUGUGUAGGUGGGAUGAAUGAUUGUUUCCAGUACUGGAACAUAAUGGUUUUAUGCUUUGUACAGUGAUGCAACUGUGGCAGUAUGGUAUAAACUGUUUUUUCUAAUAAAACAUUGAAACAAGA